AUGAAUGGUGGCGCUUGAGUUUGUCGUAAAUAUGUUUAAUAACUUUUUUAAAAGUAAUAGAAUAAAUAGUGUCAACUAUAACAUAAUCGUUAAAUACAAAAUUAAACCGUUUCCUCGUUAAACAAAUAUAGUUUAAACAAUAAAAUGUACAACGGUUAUAAAAAUGAAAAUGAUGUUAAAGUUUCUUUCGAAACUGCUCUCGAUUUGGCGGGUUUCGGUCUGUACAGCUAUAAUCUGACAGCCCUGACUGGCUUUAUCAUCAUCGCCUACGCUUGCAUUUCCUUUGGCACGACCAUGAUCAUCCCAACGAGCGCCUGCGAGCUGAAAACCACAAACGCGCAGCAGGGCUUCAUUGCUGCGGGACCUUUAGUUGGUAUAAUCCUGGGCGGUGUAAUCGGCGGCUACCUUGGCGACAAGUUCGGUCGUCGGCGCAUGAUGUUCGUGUCGCUGCUCUCCGCGUCCGUUGUCAACGCAUUGGCCAGUAUAUCAGUAGACUGGAUCAUGUUGUUGAUACUACAGUCUAUCGCAUCUUUUUGUGCUGCCGGCAUGUACUCGUUGUCAAUGACGAUGCUAAGCGAGAGCGUGCCGGUGGCCAAGCGGAACCUGGUCGUGUUAAUAGUCACCAGCAUAUUCCUGAUGGCACAGGGAAUUAUGGCAGUUAUGGCCAUCCCUAUCAUCCCUCUAUCUUUCUCCAUCUAUCUUCCGAGCUUGGGGAUACACUGGAACUCCUGGCGCUUGCUGGUCCUGGUGUACUCCGUACCUGGUCUCCUAGCUGCAGUCUGGCUACUCACUGUAAAAGAGAGCCCCAAGUACAUAUACACUCAGGGAAAGGAACAAGAAGCCAUCGAUAUCAUUAAAAGCAUGCAUAGGAUGAAUAAAGGAAAAUCUGCAGAAGAUUUACAUAUCACAGGUUUAAUGUACAAUGCCCAGCAGUCGUUUGGUCCAUCUUCAACAAAGGAGCAGAUUGUGCCGCUCUUUAAAACGCCCCUACUGAAGUAUACUAUUAUAAUGACAAUACUCUUCGUAUUCCAACAAGUGGGUGCAUUCGGGAUAUGGCUGCCGACGAUAGCCAAUCAGUUUGUUCAGAUCGUGGAGACUGGCAAGAGCACUGACCAGAGUCUCUGCUCUAUACUUAGUACGACCAUAGACACUCCACCUGAUCCAAAUGCAGUACCGUGCUCGCUUAACGUGACCUCUCUACUGUUUGUACUACUGGUGGGCGCACUAAGGUCGAUUGUGAACGGACUCCUUGGCUUGAUAAUAAACCGCGUGGGUCGUCGUAACAUGGCGAUGGCGGUGGCGCUAGUGUGCGGGCUCGCGGGCAUCAUUACAAACCUCAUCCCCAACGCGUUCGGCAGCGCCGCAUUCUUUGUUAUCUUCACGCUUGGCAUCCUCAUCGUAGGACUGUACACAGCCAUCACUGUCGCGCUAUUCCCUACCAAUCUAAGGGCUCUGGCAGUUGCGCUGACGAUGACGGGCGGCAGGAUAGGUAACUUCGCUUCCGUGCAGAUCCUCAAUCUACUGCUGGAAGUCAACUGCGAUGCGGGAUUCUAUCUUUUCAGCUCGAUUUUCGCAUCUUCAGCGAUCGUAGCAGCAUUCCUCCCCAAUGACAAGAAUUUACAAAUAAACCAGGCGAAGAAAGAAGACUGCUCAUAGAUCUUAAGUUAAAUUAGGCUUUAUUUGUAAAUAAAUGUUAUAUUUUAAUAUGA